AAGAUAAUGAUGCUGAACCUGUGUUCCGUGCUGUUUCAUCACUACAAGCACAAAAAGCAAAACGAGCAACAGCAAUAGAAAAAAAACCACCAGCAGGACCAGCAAAACGAGCAACAGCAAUAGAAGCAUUAAAAGCAGAAAAAGAACCAGCAGCAAUAGAAGUACCAACAUCGGUACGAGCACGAGGACGAGAAGGAGGAUUUUCGGUUGAUCGAUAA